AUGCUUAAAUUUAGAUAAUUAUAUUCAUUAUCUGUCAGCUCCCAAAAAAAGACUAAAAGAUGGUAUUUGGAACACAUCAAUGAUUUCUAUGUUAAAGAAUCUAAAAGAGUAUUUGUAUCAAUUAAGAUAGUUAUAAUUAAGAAGUCGAGCUGCUUUUAAAUUAAUGUAAAUCAAUGAGAAAUAUUAAAUCUAUAAAUAAAACUAAUAAAUAUUAGAUUUAGGAGCAGCUCCUGGUAGUUGGUCUUAAGUAGUAUCAGAAAAAUGUAACGUAGUAGCCAUAGAUCUAUUAGAAGUGUCACCAAUUUAAAAUGUUAAAUUUAUUUAGGGUGAUAUUAUGGAUAAAUAAAUAAUGAAUCAAAUAAGAUAGUUUAAAUUUGAUGUUAUUCUUUCGGAUAUGGCUCCAAAUGUCUCUGGAGAGCAUGAAGCAGAUCAUUAAGAAAUAUCUGCAUUAAAUUAAAUAGCAUUACUUUGUAAGUGAAUAUUUUGAUUAAUGAAAGUGAGUUCUUUUACAUUAAAAACUAAUGGUAACUUAGUAAUGAAAACAUUUGUUGGAAGUGAGGAAAAGCUUAAUUAUGUAAAAUUAUUAUUCAAAUAUUUAAGGAUUAUUUUAGAUUAUUUUUCAAAGAAUUUCACAGAGAAAAACCUCUAAGUUCUAAAUAAGAAUCUAGUGAAUUAUUUUAUGUAGGAAAAGGAUUUUCAUCAGAUUUAAUAAGAGAUAUAUUAUAAAAUACAGAAAAAUUAUAAAUAUAUCCAAUAAAAAUUUAAGAUAGAUUGAAAAAUUUAAUAAUUGAUUAUAAAAUGUUUGAAUGA